GCGCGGCUUUCAAAGCGGUCGCAAGCUCUAGUUCUAGCUCCCAUGUGCACCUCCGCAUGAGCGCGGCACAUGUUUUUUUUAAGAGUCGGUGAGGUUGUUGUUUGUUGGGAACACAGAAGUGAGGAGAGACAGUAUUUUUCAAUUGAUGACUUGUUGGAGAUGAUUACGGCGGCGAUCGACACGCGCACGAAGUCAUGUUCAUUAUGAUGGAAGGUUCAUUAUUGGAUAAGGAAAUGAAAAAUGCCAAAUCCCAGGGGCUGACGCCGAGGCUUUUCACUUAGAGCCCUCCGCAAGUAGAGCUGAAGAGAGACAGGACCACGCGCUAGGACAACUUCAGGAGAUUAGCGACUCGAGUUGUUGUGAAGCAAGUUAUAUUCUUCGAUGGCAUCACGCAACAGCUCUUAAGAUUUUCUACGAAAAGUUCCCCCCGAGUGGACGAGAAACUUUUGGGAAGUGGCCGGUAACUCGAGAAAUAAGAACCAGGGAAAAUGGCGGAGUGCUGAAAGUGCACUAAUUCGAAUAAGGGACCACACAGCGAAGCAAGGAGGAGUGAAGGAUUGAUGAUGGUCGAUCUUGGGGGUUCUAACAAUACUUCAGAGGUCCAUUGCAAGUUACAGUAUCAGAACUUUGUGAUACCCGACGGAGAGAUCUGGUGUAAUUGGGUAUGGGACUCGAUUCUUUGUUGGGCACCUAUCAAAGCAUCUACUACGAGCCUUCAGAGAUGUCCACCGGCUAAUGGUGUCGAUACGACUAAAUUCGCGGAGAGACGCUGCAGUGAAGACGGAAGAUGGGAGGGACGCUAUGGUGUUUCGGGCGAGCGAGAUCCUCCCAAUGGCUGGACAAAUUAUACGCCGUGUUUCACUCCAGAAAUGCUGUUACUCAUUCGGAAACUUAAUGCUGGAAAUGCAGAAGCUGCCAAGGUGAAAUUAGAUAUUGCCGAGAAGACGCGAACGCUUGAAUUCGUUGGAUUAAGCAUCUCGCUGACAGCACUUCUUAUAUCGUUAGCGAUAUUCUGCCGAUUUCGAUCACUCAGAAACACCCGAACACGCAUUCAUAAAAAUCUAUUCGUAGCGAUGGUUAUUCAAGUAGUAAUACGCCUAACCCUCUACAUCGAUCAGGCAUUCGUAAAGACUGAUGUGUUUGGUUCUCAACAGGGUAUAAAUAAUACGCCUGUUCUAUGUGAAGCGAGCUAUGUGCUCCUUGAAUACGCUAGGACUGCUAUGUUCAUGUGGAUGUUCAUAGAGGGAUUUUUUCUCCAUAACAUGGUAACCGUGACUGUAUUCCACGAGACUUCGUACUAUCGUAUGUAUCGAUUAGUCGGGUGGGGAUUCCCAGCUGUUAUGACCUUCGCAUGGGCUAUUGUGACUGCAUUCUAUUAUCAUCCGUUGAAAUGCUGGUGGGGAUACAAUCUCUCUGUGUACUUUUGGAUAUUGGAGGGACCCAGAAUGGCAGUCAUAUUGCUCAAUUUCUUAUUCCUGAUGAAUAUUGUACGAGUGCUGGUUGUGAAACUGCGACAGAGCCACAGCAGUGAAACCGAACAAGUCCGAAAAGCGGUGAGAGCUGCCGUGGUACUGCUCCCACUCCUGGGUAUCACUAAUUUGAUAUCGAUGGCGGGAGUUCCACUCGAAGAGACCAUGUGGUUUGCCCUCUGGUCGUACACCACUCAUUUCUUGACAUCAUUCCAGGGGGUUUUCAUCGCCACGCUGUACUGUUUUCUCAAUGGCGAGGUGAGACUCGCUCUGAAUAAAACUAUGUCUCUAUACGUGUCGUUGAGAGCGGCUGAACGACACUCGCGUCGACAGUCGACAUUCAGUGCCUGUCAGCCGCAACGGAUAGCAUCAGUGGUUGAAAUGGAACCCAGGGAAUUGAGACCUAGCGGAUGGUUACGCCUGUGCUGUCGCGGGACGAAUACUCCACCCCCUGAUCAACCCGCUGAAACAACAGUUUGACCUUGGUGGUUCUGGCGGAAUUAUAUCGCCAAGGAGAGAGCAGCCUACUGACCAAUUACCUCAACAAAACUGAACAACAAUAACCGAAUAAAAGAAUCAUAAUUCACGGAAUAUGUCUCGUGAAAUCGAACACGUUUGAAAUAUGAAGAACCCAGAAAGGACUGAUAGAAUAUUUCGAGCAUCAACACACCAUCGCACAGACGAAGAUAGAACCAUAACUCAUUGUUAGAAAUCGAGAGGAUCGUCGUGAAGAUGAGGAAUACUGGACUCCUCCGAGAUUUUUGCAAUGGCCUUUCAUGAGAAUCGCGACUCUGUAGUGCAAUAGUAGGCUCCAUCGAAUAUAGUGUAGUAAUUUUUCUAAUGCCUCAUUGGAAUCAGUCGAUGGGAGGGAGUACUUGAGAGUUGGGUAGAACCAUCAGAAAACGAUUUCCGUGAACAGAAUGGCAUAAUGGACCAGCGCAGUUCAGCGAUUAAACUGUACAAUUG